GCCCCUCGUUUUCGACGUCUUGAGGAUCAGAGGUUUGAAAUUUUCAGGGAAUGAGGUUGCUGGGAAAUACAAGUGACGUGCGCAGCGUAACAUGAGAGACAGCUGACUGACAUACCCAAAAUUUUGGUUUCUACGCUUCUUUUUUCAGUAAUCCCUAUGCAGGGAAUACUUAACUCGGGCUGUGAUAGGUUCGUGGGAGCGGGGUCCUUGCCCUUGCAAUCUUUCAAUUGAGUCGCGUCACCACGUUUUCAGAUUGCCGUCCCACGUGUAGCGACCCCGAAUACAAGUCCUAGUCUGAGAUAUAAGGACGACUUCAGACAUAUCCUCUUUUCCUUCACUUGCAACCUUUCAUCAUGUCCCAGCCCAAAGACUUUCCCAACGGCCGCCCAGAUCCCGUACCUACAAUCACCAUCGGCGGUACCCACAAAUUCUCAAUUGUCAACAAACGCCUCGUCAACAUCCUUCCUUCCCUCUUCCCGCCCAACCAAACUGCCAUCAUCGACCUCCUCGCCGACUUUAUCAAAGAGAUCGAAAUUAACGGCUCCGACCCAACCUACAUGCACACCAUCGGCAUGCUCGAGCCCGACGAAGUCGACACAGACGGAAACAAGAAGCUUCACCUGCUCGACGGGUGUUCGUGGCAGAUGGCGCAGUUCAUGCGAUACUGCGAACCUACGCGGAUUGACGAGGCGGAGCCUUUCAUCCAGACGUCACUGGCCCAGUACCGGAGGUUCCAUUCUCCAGAGGAAAAGGACGUCACCCCGAUGUUGUACCUUGCUGCGUGCUAUUCGAAGCAGCCUGGAAAAGAGGCAGAGGCGGAGCGUGUGUUCAAGGAGGUGGAAGAUUCCACGGAGGCCUGGAGAACGAAGUUGUGGGCCAUGGCGCAUAUGAGCAGGAUGUAUAGACGUAUGGGGAAGGCGGCCAAGGCGGAAGAACUGGAAGAGGAGGUCGCGUGAGUUUUGCUAUCAGGUUUGUUUGCAGGCAGUGCUGACUGGUGACAGUUGCUGGUUUGUGGGCCACCCGUAUGGAAUGUCACCUUCCGAUUUUAAGGCGACAGUCAACGAUUCUACGUAUUCGGGGGAGAACCAUAUCUUGAACCAUCCCGCCGUCAGGAAUAUAUUGGAUAAUACCACGGAGAUUGGUCCGGGGAUGGCUAUACAUUUUGGAUGAGAUGCGGAUUGAGGACGUUGAAGAAACGGACGGAGAGUC